AUGUCGCGACGUCCAUCACGCCAUGUUCCAGAAUCUCACACGCCAGCCACGCCCAUCACGAACCGCGCGCAACGAAGAAAAGAGGCCACUGCCAUUGAUGAUCUCGUAUCGGACUUUGGCUUCCUUUCCGUCAAUGCAACCGCGCGAGACUUCUAUGGCUUCACCACGGCCAUGUCUUAUUCGAGGCUCAUUCUAUGGGCAUGCUGCAAGGAUCCGCUCCCGGCAGGUCUGACACAGCCUCUCCCUCCGCGGCACGCUGCGAACAUGCUGAUCCAGCAUUACCUGACGAACGUCUUCGAUCUUCUACCAGUAUUCGACGAGGCUAGCUUUUUCGCAUCGUUCGACACAGUGUAUUCUAAGAACAACCGCCAAGUCGAACCGCAGGAUCUAUGGAACGUGCGAAUAGUGCUCGCCAUCUCUAGUGCCUCCGUGUCCGAGCAGCGCGGCGACCAACGCUAUCUGGAAGCGAUAGGCCACAUUUGUGCUGCUCUCGAGCAAUCGGAAGCUGUACUACAUCCCGGCGCCAUCGCAAGUGUGCAGGCGCUUGUAUUACUUACUCAAUACGCGAUGCUGGACCCGCAUCACUUCGAUUCCUGGGGCCUCAUCGGAGCUGCAUCACGAGCAAUGGUAGAUCUUGGUCUGCACCAGGAUCCUCCCAAAGGCUCUCCGAUGCAGAAGGGAAAGCUAGAGCUACGCCGGAGAGUCUACUAUUGUGUCUACGCUCUGGACCGAUCUACCUCACUCGUGCAGACCCGCGCGUUCUCCUUUUCGGAUGAUAGCGCCAAGGUCAAGAUCCCGUUCACCCGCUCGUCAUCCUCCGCUCCCACGACACCACAACCCACUCAACAGCAAAAUGUGUGGUUGCAGUCGACCGACCGGGCACUGGAUUUGGCCACCCUGCGUCAAAUACAAUCGAGGUGGUACCACGAUCUGUUCCAAUCCGGUCGCACCCGAUGGGACGAUCCAUAUCCUUACAUUUGGAAUACAUGCGACGAGAUGCGCAAAUGGUUCGAGGAUCUGCCAACUUCGAUCAGCCCAAACAUGCAUGCAUUCUUCGAACUGGACUUACUCUACUCCUACGUCUACGUAUUAUCGCCGUCUCCUCGCGUCCCGAUCAUCGACCCUUUCGCACAAAAGCUCAUCUUCGAGUACUGCAUUCGAUAUGCAGAGUCGAUGGUCCGACUGAUUAGCGAUCCGAGUUACUCCGCUCCACUGACCUUUUACGAUGCGAUGCGAGUGUACAUGACAGGACGACAAUUCCUUGACGUCCUCCAGCACAACACAGAUGGUCUCCUCGACGGCCAUGUACCAUCGCAUCCCAAAGUGAAACCAUCGACAGCGCCGGCUCCACCUAUGCCAGUUGUUGCAUUGCCGCCGGGCGAUACUGUGCUCCACUUCAACGUGGUGCGAAGCAUCACAUGCAUCAAGCAGAUUACUGAGUGUUUGUCCCGCUUCGGCAUUCGUUGGGGCUAUAUGAGCUGGAAGCAACGCUACCAAAGCGAGACUGCCAGUAUGCUGGAAGACCUCAACACUCGC